GUCAUCAAGUCCGACACCUUCAAGUAUUUGAGGCACCUUGAAAUCCUCCAGCUGUCCAAGAAUCAGAUACGGCAGAUCGAGGUCGGAGCGUUCAAUGGCCUCCCUAACCUCAACACGCUGGAGCUGUUCGACAACCGGCUCACUCUGGUGCCGUCACACGCCUUCGAGUACCUCAGCAAGCUGCGGGAGCUCUGGCUGCGCAACAACCCCAUCGAGACUCUGCCGGGCUAUGCCUUCCACCGCGUGCCCUCGCUGCGACGCCUGGACCUGGGCGAGCUCAAGAAGUUGGACUUCAUCUCGGACGCGGCCUUCGUGGGUCUCAUCAACCUGCGGUACCUGAACCUGGGCAUGUGUGGGCUGAAAGACAUUCCAAAACUGACGCCGCUCGUGCGUUUGGAAGAGCUGGAGCUGUCGGGGAAUCGGCUGGAGAUCAUUCGUCCCGGAUCCUUCCAGGGACUGGUGUCUCUCCGGAAGCUGUGGCUGAUGCACUCGCAGGUGUCGGUCAUCGAGCGUAACGCCUUCGACGACCUGAAAAGCCUGGAGGAGCUCAAUCUGUCCCACAACUCCCUGCACUCCCUGCCCCACGACCUGUUCACGCCCCUGCACCAGCUGGAGAGGGUGCACCUCAACCACAACCCCUGGGUCUGCAACUGUGAUGUGCUCUGGCUCAGCUGGUGGUUGAAAGAGACGGUGCCCAGCAACACCACCUGCUGCGCCCGCUGCCACGCUCCUCCGGUCCUGAAGGGCAAGUACAUCGGAGAACUGGACCAGAGCCACUUCACCUGCUUCGCGCCCGUCAUCGUGGAGCCGCCCACUGACCUGAAUGUCACCGAAGGCAUGGCCGCCGAGCUCAAAUGUCGCACGAGCACGUCGACGACMUCUGUCAACUGGAUCACCCCCAACGGCACGCUCAUGACCCACGGGUCUUACCGUGUGCGGAUAUCCGUCCUGCACGACGGCACGCUCAACUUCACAAACGUCACCCUGCGAGACACGGGUCAGUACACCUGCAUGGUCACCAAUGCUGCUGGAAAUACCACUGCCACUGCCGUCCUCAACGUUACUGCUGCUGACACCAGUGUCAACUACACCUACUUCACAACAGUUACCGUAGAGUCUGUGGAACCCGGAGGAGGAAAAGAGUACCCAUUAGUCCCCUUCAACGAGAGCAUCCCUGUUCAGCCUGGCUCCACCCCCUCUGAGCUGUGGCCCUACGGCGUUCCCACCACGGACUCCUCCCUGCCUCCUGGCUGGUCCUCCUCCUCUCCUCAUGCAACUCGACCCACUUUCACUGUGCCAAUCACCGAUCCGGGCGCCUCGGGCCUGGACGACGUGAUGAAGACCACCAAGAUCAUCAUCGGCUGCUUCGUAGCCAUUACCUUCAUGGCAGCGGUGAUGCUGGUGGUGUUCUACAAGCUGAGGAAGCAGCACCAGCUGCACAAACACCACGGUCCGGCUCGCGCCAUCGAGAUCAUCAAUGUGGAGGAUGAGCUCGGUGCCGGGGCCGGCGGCCGGGGCAGCGGGAUCUCCGGAGGCUCCACUGUCACGCAAGGCGGAGGCGGCGGGAUGAACGGGGGUCAGAGCCUCAGGCUGCACCAUCCGGAGAUCGUCAACUUACCCAACCUGGCUCGAACGGAGCACCUGAACCACUACUACAAAACCCAUCACUUCAACAACAACAUGCUGGGCCUGGGAAUGAGCACGGGCGUGGGCCUCAACAACAACCCCUCGCCCUGCUCUCAGUCACAGAACAUAUCCUGCUCCCAGGUUUCAGCUACCACCUGUGGGGUGACGCCCACGUGUGGCACCCUGCCCUCCCCCGUGCCCCUGCCCCAGCUGGGCCUACACAGCUCUCUGAAAGGCCUAAUGGGCAAGGGCCAGAACGAGCCACUACUUUUUAAGAACGGCUCAAAGGAAAAUGUGCAAGAGACUCAAAUCUAAAUCCAAACGAACGGUGGAAAGUACGAGGUAAGAAGGAAAAGAGUUUGAUAGAGACAGAUCUGUUAAGCUGAGACCGAUUGUAGCUCACCGCCCUUUUUGGGGAACCGUUUCAGAAAAGUUGAUGUUUCGCUCCUGUUUUGUGGCUGACUGACAGAUAGGAAGACAAAGGAGACAGUACACUAGUACCUGCAGCUAGCCUCUGCUUAAACCACAAACAUCAAACUCCCUGAUUGUGCGCAACCUGCCAAAGCUGAAGAAAAAGCCGACUACUCUCGCUCCGCGGACAGAUACGAACCGUGCACACGUGCACCGAGCCCCAGCAGGUUGUAGACAGAUUGGUUCAUACAUUUACAGAUGCAUUCAGUGUAUAUAUUUGGAGGGAGUCCUAAUAUUUGCCAUUGAACAUGUUGUCAGAUUAGUGUUUGGUAGAGGCAGUGAAUAACAAACAAUGAUUUGUGGGAACGGUGUGUUCCCAGGUUUCCAGGAAGCACUAACAACACAGGAAGCUAAAUUAGAGCAGCUGUUUGCAGCAUCACAACAACAAAAAAGGUGGAUUUUAGGAGCAGUUUCUCGCUCACUUUUGCACUUUUUCCCCCCUUUCACAUUUUACUGGUUACUGUCUUUUUUGAAAUAGGAGAGAAGCAGAGAGUUUUYUCAUGAGAAAAAGAGAAAUCUGAGAAGUAAAGGACAAAAAGAGAUAUAAAAAGUACCGAUCAUACAUAUUAUAUAUACACCGUAAAUAU